UUAGAGGUUGAUAGCAAUAGCCUUUAGAACUCCAUUGAUUCAUCUUUGUUUCUAUUGGAUUUGCCACGCCAUUGCAUGCAACUAUGGCAGCUGAAAGAGCAAAGCAUAUGAGUCUUAUUUAUUUGCAAUUAUUUCUUGGAUUGGUUUUCUUCUCUUGCAUUGCUUUCUCUAAGACUGUGGUGACUACUCUUCCUGGUUUUGAUGGGGAUCUUCCCUUUCAUCUUGAAACUGGUUACAUUGGCGUCGGAGAAUCCAAUGAGUCGCAGCUAUUCUACUAUUUUGUAGAGUCUCAAAGAAGCCCAGCGCUUGACCCUCUAAUGCUUUGGCUCACUGGAGGGCCUGGUUGCUCUGUUCUCUCUGCCUUCUUCUACGAAAGUGGUCCUGUAGCAUUUGAUUAUUCUAAUUACAAUGGAAGCUUACCAUCCCUGCAUUUGAAUCCUUUUGCAUGGACACAGGGCAUCAAUAUAAUAUAUGUCGAUGCACCAAUUGGAACUGGAUUCUCCUACUCUACAACCCAAGAAAAUUACUAUGUUGAUGACAUCAAGUCUGCUGCACAGACCUAUGAGUUUUUAAAAAAGUGGUUACUUGACCAUCCUCAGUAUCUUACAAAUCAACUAUUCAUUGGUGGUGAUUCCUAUUCAGGCAUUCCCCUUCCAAUUGUAGUACAAAAUAUACUUGAUGGUAAUGAAGCUGGAGUUCCACCCACUAUGAAUCUGAAAGGAUAUAUACUUGGGAACCCUAAGACAGAUGACUUCAUUGAUGAGAACUCGGUAGUUCCAUUUGUUCACAGAUUGACACUCAUAUCAAAUGAACUCUACAAGUCCACCAAAGAAGAUUGUGGUGGAGAUUAUGUGAACAUAAAUGCAAGCAACACAGACUGUGUUUCAGAUAUCAAUACCAUUGAUGAGUUGAUUCUUCAAAUAAACCUGAUGCAAGUUCUGGAGCCUAUUUGCCAAACUGCAAAACCAAGAGCAAGAGGACUCAGAAGAAUCGGAGGAAGAAGAUCUCUCAAUGAAGAGGACCUUGAAAGUAUUUCCAUUUCCAAGCUUAAUAGUGCAUAUUGGUGUCGGGAAUAUAACUAUGUGCUCUCUGGUGUUUGGGCUAAUGACAAAAGUGUUAGGGAUGCUCUUCGAGUUCGGGAGAACACAACUGGAGUUUGGAAGAGGUGCAAUGCUUCCUUAGCCUAUACAAAGGAUGUCUCAAGCACAGUUGAUUACCAUAGAAAUCUCAGCAAGCAAAGCCUUCGAGCUCUUAUAUACAGUGGUGAUCAUGACUUGUCUGUACCUCACAUAGGCACAGAAAACUGGAUUCAUUCACUUGAUUUGACCACCAACGAAUACUGGAGGCCAUGGUUUGUAGAUGGUCAAGUCGCUGGUUACACAGAGAAGUACAUGAAUGGUGACUUCACUCUCAUAUAUGCUACUGUGAAGGGGGCGGGUCAUGUUGCUCCAGAGUACAAACCAAAGGAAUGUUAUUCCAUGAUUGAUCGCUUCUUUGCUUAUUUCCCUCUCUAAUGGAAAAAGAGAUAUAUGAGUUUUCCAAGCAUAAUUUUGAUGUAUUAAUCCACAACUUAAGAUUUCAAGGAUCCAUUUUUAUGCUCUUAGCAGGCUAGGCGUUGUAUUUCUUUAUUGCAACAUACAGAGUAUGCUGAGACCAAAGUUAAUGGGCAAGAAAAUGAGAAAAGAUAUAAAUAAAUAAAAGACAUUUUUUAACUAA